AUGGCGAAAAUGUGCGUUCAACUUCUAAAGCCAAAUGAUUAUAUAUAUGUUUCGGGUCAUUUAGAAUCUUACUCCAAGGUUGAUAGGACUGGAAAUCCAAUGUCCCGUUAUAAGAUAAUUGCAAAUGAAUUGCAUUACAUUGCACAACAUAAUCAACGGCCAGACAGCCAAAGCCCUGAGGAACCAGAGUCUGGAACCUGCCAAAACCAGGAAGAAUCAGAGUCGGAAGCUCGCCAAAGCCCUGAGGAAUCAGAGUUGGAAGCUCGGCAAAGCCUUGAGGAAUCAGAGUUGGAAGCUUGCCAAAACCCUGAGGAAUCAAAUUUGGAGACCUGCCAAAAAUUCAAGGAAACAGAACCAGAUGCCUGCCAAAAAUACAUAGAGCCACAUUCAGGAGCUGAAACUGGCAUGGAAAAGGACAAAAGCGACCUUUGCUUAUGGAAAGUGUUUUUCAGCAGCCCAGAUGAGUGGUGGGACAACAGGAAAAACAAGAAAAUUCCAGAGUUACCCGAUUUUAAGCACAAGACUAGUGGUUAUGCUCUUUGGUUGAGUCCAAAUGAUCCCCCAUGGAUCAAAAGAAAGCUUCAGUUUUUAGAUUGGAAAAUGGGAGAACGUUGUGAAGAGGACAGACACAAAAAUCGCCUUUACUUGUGGCAAGUGUUCUUCACCAGCCCACAUGAAUGGUGGGAUAACCGGAAUAAUAAGAAAAAUCCACGGUCUCCAGAUUUCAAGCACAAGGAUACCGGUGAAGCUCUUUGGUUGAGCCCAAAUGAUCCCCUGUGGAACCUUGAAAGAGGAACGGGUAUGGGAAUGGAGAUUUACCGCAGGAGAGCUAUGUGCUUGCAUUUCUUAUACCUCUUGUGUUCUGGUGUAUAUAAGGUAAAUACUAGGCUUUAA